AAACCCUGCCCAAACCCUGGGACUGAGCAGAAAUGCAAUCCAGAGAAAGGCAAGUGCCCUCGACAUCCCCAGCACGUGCUUCCCCGAGGCCAGAAGACUCUGACUUCUUGCCGUCCGUCGCUCUUGCUGGAGUCCUGUGUCUGGUUUUCAUCUGCGUCUCUCCGCUACUUGUCCGGGGCAACGAUGGGCGCGUGCCCUUCCACGACUGCUCGGCCCUAAACUCCGGCAGGGCUUGCUCGCCGACCCGUAAACUAAGGGCAUUUCGUCUUCUCUUCCCAAGCCAGCCGGAAGCGACCUGGCGGGCCCUGCAGCGCAGUCUGGGUGGCCGGAGGUGGCCGGACCGUGCUGAGGGGGUCAGGGUCUCUCUGGUGGCCGUUGGACUAGGAGAGGCGAGAAACACGCUCCUGUGCCUCUUGAAGCGGGUCCUGUUGUCGCUGGGCACGGAGCGAGGCUCGUCUCUCGCAGCAAGGGUGCAGGUACCGGAGGACCGCAGCGCUUAUUUGCCUUGCGGGGUGCGCUCGGAGCGGGGGGCACGCAGCGUUUCUAUCGUUUACGAGCGGGCAAAGCUUCCUCCUUACAGCGUGACCGUAACUGCGCAGUGCUCGCUUGAUGGCAGCCCCCUGGUCACCGAGACCACGGUGCAGUUUUGGAGGAACGGCACGGACCAGGCCGGAGAAGACCGUCUCCGUAGCUCGACGUCCCGUUUGGCGGCUGAAGUUUUAAGAAGCCUUUGCCGCAGUGGCAGGGCCCCUGACGAGUCGCGGGCCGCUGCCAGGAGCCUACCCGUGCUCUUCGUAAAGCCUGAGCAGUAUCUGGAAGGUGGUUUUGUUUGCUGAUACCGAGUCGCGGUGACCUGCUGGGAGCCAUUGCAGCAGUCUCCUUUGGGGGAUCUUCCUGUCAUAGGCACCCCUCAGAGGUCUCCUUUUCAUUUGUCUGAUGCAAGGAUUGGCUUGUCUGUGAAAGGUGUGCCAUGUUAAGGGUUCAAACGGCCUAAGAGGCGGGGUGAUGCUUUGCAGAGCCAUGGAUUUACUUAUCGCCUUCCCCCUUGGUUGAAUGCAAACCUGGAUGGAGGUAGGGGUUUGACCCUUGCUGAUCAAACCUAGUCCCAGGCAU